UUUGCGAUCUCCCAGGCCAAGAAGAACAAACUGAGGACUAUCUCUGAAGGCCACUGAAUUCCUUUUUAAGUCUAGAGGGGAAAUCUGAGAUCAGUAUAGUGUUGUGUCUAUGAUAGCUGAAGAUAAAUUAUUGGAAAGAGUCAGGGUACUAACUGCUUCCAUUUGCAUUUGACUCUUGGUCCUUUUGUGGUGAGCUUUUUGUUUGUGCAAAGCUGGCUGGGGUCAGCCUAGUGGGUCAAAAAAAAAACCCUCAAUGAAAGAGGUUGGGAAUCUCCAAUCUCCAUCCCAAAACAUGUCACUGAUGACUUGAACAUAUCACCAGAUACUCAAGGUACAGAGGAGAGCUUCCACCUGUGGGAGAAUGAUCCUCUGAAGAGAAAUUUGGAGUCAUCAUCAGAGCCAUUGGAGGGGACAUCUGAGAGUCAAAUGGGUGACAUUUCACAAGAGCCUGUCAUGCCUCCAGUCCAGAGGAGAAAGUUAGAUCCACUUCCAAAAAAGCAUAGACGUCUUAGGAAGGCUGUAAGGACAAAGAGAAUGAGGAAGAACAAGAGGAGGGAGAAAGUGGAGACCCUCUGCCCCCCAAUCCUUCCAACACCUUUGGUACCACCACAAAGUGAAGAAGAUGAAGUGGUAGAUACAAAGCCGACUGUACUCAGUGCUCACAAAGAUGAUCCUGACCUUCCCAGUGAAGACCCAUUACAGAGUCAGCAGGAUGAGGGUGCCUGUGUGACACAUCAGGAGUGUCCAAUCCAGCCCUGUGAGCAACCAGCAUCCUCGGAGCCUGGGCCCUCUUCUCCUGCAGUGACAUCCUUGACCUCACCGCCACUCUGCUUUGGUCGCUUCUUAAGCUGUGUCUGCCGGACCUUCUCGAGGUCUAGGAAGCGGGAGCGCCCCAGAAGGCAGGGUACUGAGCUGACUGAGGCAGGAGGUGAUGCCAAGUCUCUAAGACCUAGCCUGCUGAGGGAUCUGGGCAAAAACAGAGUGCAGCCUCAUGAGGGCCAGUAGCAAGUUGGUGCGGCUAUGGGUUCUCCCUGUGUUUAGUUUUGUAGUUUUCUCCAUAUUGUUGUUCCUGUUGGUUGAGUUCUUGUUUAUCAAAAAGAGAGCUGCUUUUAUGCUGAGGUCCUUAAGCCUAAAGAUGCGGUAAAAGCAAAGUAACUGAAAUUUUUAACACUUAACCCCAGUAGUGGGAUUACUUCCUACUUCUUCCUGUUAGGCUGAAAUAGCAUUCACUCUGGAGCAGUGGUUCCCAAAAUUCAUGCAGAUGUCACUCGUGUCUUCAGUUAGCUCAAGUCUCACUGCCUUCUCUGAGGAUGGAAGCCAUCCCAUGCCAUCAUUUUGAGUAAUGUCUCCAGAUAUCAGUCGCUAAGUGGAGACGUAUCAUGUCCAGCUCCUCUCAUUGUCUUUUACCUUUGGCUAGAGACUCCUUUUGAAUUCUUCAUCCUCAGUACUUUGUAGAACUUCUGCGGCUUUCUAACUGAUUCAACUAUGCCUCAGGGGGUGGUGGUUGCUACUUUUCUUGGACAGGGUAACACUACCACCUCCUCCAUCUCUAACCGUGGUUUGGUUUUCUUUUUGUCACUUGUUGGUAAGCUACCUGGCUCUUCCUUUUGAAUGUGCCUUUGGUGUUCUCUAGCCAUAUGUAUUAAACCUAGUCAAAUAAAUUAAUAGGCUUCUUCCUCGUUAUUCUUUAGCCAGACUCUCACAGAAUCCCAAGUUCUUUGGAGAACCCUAAAGAAAAUAAGUACUUAAGAAAAGUUGAAGACUAUUUCAUUUCCCCCAUUGUUUUCCCAGCACACUAGGUUAAUCCUCUUCCCAGGAUAUAAACUAAGAGUU